GCCUGCAGCAGGCGUGCUCGCUGUUUGCAGCAGUGCCCAGCCUCUCUCUGCGAAAUAAUGCUUUUUGUAUUCCCGCAUGCCGUUUGUUUUCUUUUAUAAAAUGUCAAGUGCAGACAAGUCAUAGUCUUAACCGUCAUGGUCUAUCGUCGAUACAGUAGGUUGACCUAGCUCAUACGAUCCUCAUCAUCAAACGGUGGGUGCUCGGCUCUGGCGUCAUGCAUGCACUACCACAGCCGGGGAACCAACGUUAUAUCAAGGUAUAAACAGGAUGAGGCCUAUUUGUUAGACCCCGACCAACCCACCUCCGCUCAACGAGAAUAUCAUCGUGAUGGCCGAUGAUGAUGAUCAACAACAACCUGGUCAGCUGAAGCCCAACCCGGGAUUGGGCUCUCUUCCAACGUUAGUACCAGGACUACAGGGCCCCGAGGCCAAUGCGUUGCAGUACAAAAUAAAGAAUUCAAUUUGCAAAUCUGUACAAUCAAAAGUGGACAACAUAUUGCAAGAUGUUGAGAAGUUUACAGACAUCGAGAAACUCUACCUCUACCUUAAGUUGCCUUCUGGUCCCAACAAUGGCAUUGAUAAAAGGACUGAGAAUCAGAGAGCCUCCACUCCUGGACUAUGUGACCAGAGUGGCAUGUCGUCCAGCCGAACACAGCAGAUGUACGCUUUCAACUGGAUCCGCAAUCACCUAGAGGAGCACCCUGAGACAUCACUGCCAAAGCAAGAGGUGUACGACGAAUACAAGAGCUACUGUGACAGUCUUGCCUACCACCCACUGAGUGCUGCAGACUUUGGAAAGAUCAUGAAGAACGUCUUUCCCAACAUGAAGGCUCGCCGCCUGGGCAUGAGAGGCAAAUCUAAAUACUGUUAUAGUGGACUGAGGAAGAAAGCUUUUGUUCACAUGCCUUCUCUGCCCAACUUGGACUUACAAAAAUCAGAUGACGGGUGUGAGUUAAUGGAGCCGUCGUCGGGCCAGUCUCCCAGUGCGGAGGAUGAGAUGCGCUCAGCGGCCUGUGGCUUGGUGUGUGAGUGGGCUCAGAAGGUCCUCAGCAGACAGUUUGAUGCCGUGGAGGACCUGGCUCGCUUCCUGCUCAACAGUCACUACAUAGGAACCAAGUCCAUGGCUGCCCUCACCGUCAUGACUGGGGCUCCCACAGGUCUAAAGACGCCCACGCCAACCUCUGCGUUCGUGCCCACGUCCGAGGCCUCGUCCUUCCAGCCGCAGGUGAAGACUCUGGCCUCUCCCUCGGUGGACGCCAAGCAGCAGCUCCAGAGGAAGAUCCAGAAGAAACAGCAGGAGCAGAAGCUCCAGUCCCCCCUGCCUGGAGAGGCCCAGGGACAGAACCAGGCCAGGAGGGCCGAGGCCGGCACCCCAGGUCCAGCUAUCCCCUGUGGAAGUCCUGCUCUGCUCUCACCACAACCUACCAUUGGUAUAGUGGUGGCAGCCGUCUCCAGUCCCAUCACGGUCCAGAGGAGCAGGCAGCUGAUGACAUCCCCUAGCCCGGUGGGGUCCGCCGAAGGGAAGGUCCUGCCAACGGUCAACUUCCAGGUGGUCACCCACACCCAGUCUCUGACCCACAGGCAGUCCCCGAAGACUCCCCAAAACAUCUCAGCCAGCCCCGUAGGCGACCGCCUGGCCAGGCACAGGUACCCCCAGAUCCUCCCCAAGCCCUCAGCCACAGGGGCCAUCACCCUGCGUUCGCCCCCCACCCUGCUCAUCACAAACAGCCCCAUGAAGACCCACCACGUUGUCAAGAUGACCGCCAUCUCCCUGGCCCCUAGCAACACUCUCAGUACCAGCAGUAACAGUAUGGUCCUCAGGCCAGCCUCGGCCGGGGUGGGAACAACCACCACCACCACCACCACCUUUACCACCAUCGCUGCCCUAGAGGAGGUCCAGCAACAGGGACAGAGCCAGAGGCCCCCAGCCCCAGCCACCCCCCAGUCCCCCGCAGCAUGGCCUGGCGCCCCACCCUCCACCCCUAUUCCCUCAGUGGUCCCUGAGGCCAUCAUCACUGAUAAUAACCCGGGCUGUAACUCUGAUAAACGGAGCACCAUAAAGCAUUCCCCCUGUGGGGCCAAAGGUCCAGAGAGAGCCACCAAGUACCGGGCGGCCAGCGAACCCUCGCUUAUGGUCAAAUGCUCACCAGGACCUGACAGAGUGACCGCUAGGACAAAAAGCGUCUCAUUCUCCUCCACCUCUCCUCCAGCUGCUGCCACCAAUGCAGCGAUCAAGUGGGCGGGGCCUCAGCAGGACAGCAAUAAGAGCAUCAUCGCCACCACCUGUCAUCAAGAAAGUCCUUUGUAUCUGACCGUUGCUCCCUCGGCCAAUCAAAAUACUCCUAACGUCAGCGGAAUGUCCUCCUCAUCCAAUGGCUCGUCGGCUGUUACCUUAUUGUCCCCUAAAGACUCCUCGUUCGGGGUCAAGAGCCCCAGGAAGCGGGCCGGCCCCGGGCUGGAUUCCUCCCACGUUAUCCCUGUGAAGCGCGUCUUCAUCUCCCAGCAGCCUUUGAGUGUGACCUUUGACCCCAAACCAUGGGUUCCAGCUAGACCUGGCACUCCUGCCAGACCUGAGAGUGCCCCCUGUCGAGUGACGGUGAAACAACACCUAGUGCCCAUGAAGAUCCUGGCGCUGUCCGACUCGCCUGUCACGAACGCAGAGAUCUCCUCCCUCUCUUCCUCGCAGGCUGUCGUCAGUGUGAAGCCACAGGUCUCCUCGUUGCUGGUAGUGAAACGCGAAGACCCGUCCUCUCAAGGACUAACACUAAGCACUGUCAGCAGUCACACCAGCAGCACUGCAGCCCCUGAUAGCACCACCACCACAGUGUCUGAGCAGCAGCAUCAAUCUGAGGCCCCUGUCUCUGCGAUGGCGGUAGGAGCACAGCAUCAAUCUGAGGCCCCUGUCUCUGCAAUGGCGGUAGGAGCACAGCAUCAAUCUGAGGCCCCUGUCUCUGCGAUGGCAGUAGGAGCACAGCAUCAAUCUGAGGCCCCUGUCUCUGCGAUGGCAGUAGGAGCACAGCAUCAAUCUGAGGCCCCUGUCUCUGCGAUGGCAGUAGGAGCACAGCAUCAAUCUGAGGCCCCUGUCUCUGCGAUGGCGGUAGGAGCACAGCAACAAUCUGAGGCCCCUGUCUCUGCGAUGGGGGAUAUAAAGAGCACAAUGUGGGAGGAGUCAGCUGCGGGGCACCCGGAAGAGCUGCAGAAACAGACCUUCAGUCAGAAUAUACCAGCAGACCACACCAAGCAGCAGGCCCUGGGCUCCACCAUGAACCAACACCAACUCCCAAACAUCAUGUCCCAGACCUCAGACUCCUCUGAUCAGUUAUCUGGCCUUCACCAGGAGAUGGUGGACUUUGCCUCCUCAGCCUCCCAGCACGGCUCCACCAUGGACUACUUCUCCUUCAACGAUGACGAUAUGACCCAGGACAGCAUAGUGGAGGAGCUGGUUCAGAUGGAGGAACAAAUGAAGCUGAAGGGCCUCCAGCCGUUGUUCAGUAGCUGUGUGGAUAAUAUCUCUCUCCAGGGACAGCCUGGGGGCCCCCAGGGGUCCAUCCUCAACACUCACCACCAGGGGGAUAGUUCCUCUUUCUACCAGUCUGCCCAUAGCUGCACAACCCCCAUCCAGACUCCCACCCCGACUCCCACCCCGACUCCAACCCCGACCCCCACCGAGAUGACUCUCGGUGGGCACGGGCUGACCAGAGAGAGCCCCUGUUGCCAUCACAGCAUGGCCCCUAUCACGCCCGUGGAGGGGCCUCUAGGAGGCCGACACACCCCUAUAAGCGCUCUGUCUAACUGUUCUAGCGGCAUCCCGCCCAGCCCUGUGGAAUGCAGGAACCCGUUUGCCUUCACCCCUAUCAACUCCAGCAUGGCAGGGGGUUACCGCGAUGCCUCCGUGGUGUCUGUCUCCUCCAGUCCCAUCAAGCCCAUGCAGAGACCCAUGGCCACUCACCCUGAUAAGGCUAAACUGGAGUGGAUCAACAACCGCUACAACAGUAGUGGUACUGAAGCGACUGUCGGAGCAGGGCCAGGGUCUGGGUUAUCCAUCUCUAACCACAGCCUUGGUGGACUUCUGCCUAGUUACCAGGAUCUAGUGGAUGACCAUUUCCGUAAGCCGCACGCCUUCGCUGUUCCGGGCCACAGUGGCCAGUCUUUCCAGUCUCAGUCCAGACUGCAGGAUGGCGAACACUUCUCUCCCAUCUCCCCGGUGCAACAGCAGAUGACCAGCGUGUCGACCACGCCCACCAACACUGCAACCAAACAGGAUGAGAGAUUUGCUGUGCCCGCCCCUUUAGACAACAAGGGCGGAGCCUCAUCGUCGGGGGGCGGGACGUUCCGUUGCCGUAGCGUCAGCCCCGCCGUGCGCCAGAGGACCGUCAGCGGCACUGGCACAACCACUCAAUUGGUCGUCUCCCCUUUCAGCUCCCCCAUGACCUCCUCCGAGAUACUCAGCUUCCUGUCCAACAGCCAAUCGGUGGGCAGUAACCUCCACAGCAUGGCCCAGCGCAGCCAAUCGGUGCCCUUAAACAUCAUGAUGCAGAGCGUUGUGGAGAUGGAGCUGCUUCCUGUAGAGAUGCAGGCCAUCCAGGGACAGAACCAGAGUAACGCCAAUAAGAUCACCAACGUCCUCUUGAGUAAGAUGGACUCUGGCGUGGACGACACAGUCAGGGGCCUGGGCAUCAACAACUUCCCCUCCAACUACACUGCCCGCAUGAACCUCACCCAGAUGCUGGAGACCCAGUCUCAGAGCCAGGUCACCAAUGGGAGCUUCACAACCGGAAGGGGAGGAGGUAACACCCACCAAUCCCACCUUCAGCUGCAGACCGUCAGCUCCAGCCCUGCCUCCUUCGACCUCCAGCAGCAUGGGGGCUACCUCAACAGCGCUGGAGGAGGCGGGGGGGGGGUGAGCUUCUCCUCUGGAGACAACCAAGCACAAUCAGGUCCUGGUGAGAAUGUGGACCUGGAGCUCCAGCAGAUCCAAGGCCUCCAAGAGCUCCAGACCCAGACCCAGCUCCAAUCCCAGGCUAGACUGCUCCAGAGUCCCCAUCCCCAGCUCCAGGGUGGGCUCCAGCUUCUCCAGACCCAGACCCAGCUCCAAUCCCAGGCUAGACUGCUCCAGAGUCCCCAUCCCCAGCUCCAGCUUCUCCAGACCCAGUCCCAGGUACUCCUCCAGCCCACCCCCACCCAGCAGCAGCAGGAGGAUGACGCCCAGCAACAACUAGACUUCAACAACACUGUUAAAGACCUGUUGGGUGAUGACGGCCUCAACGUUGACGCUGAAGGCCUCAACCCCAGCUCUCAACUGGUCGGUCAGGUGGCGUCAGAGCUUAAUGCCGCCGUGGUGUCAGACUUCACCAAUGACAUCAGGUUGACCUCCGACCUUUCCAACAGCAUCACUGACCUGAACACACUGGACGCCAACCUCCUGUUCAAUCCGUCCAAUCAGCAGCAAGAACAGUACGAAGACGCCACACUGGAAGAGCUGAAGAACGAUCCUCUGUUUCAGCAGAUAUGUAGUGAUACUGUGAACUCCUCGUUCGACUGGCUAGAGAGCAAAGACCAGCCUACUACCGUAGAGAUGUUAGGCUAAUGUUGUUAUUGGACGCAUCCCAAAUGGAUGCUCAUUCUCUACAUAGUGCACUACUUUUCAUCAGGGUCCAUAGGGUCGACCCAUAGGGCCUGGUCAAACGAAGUGCACUAAAUAUAGGGAAUAGGAUGCCAUUUCAAAUGCAAACCAGUAUUUUUAAACAAGUAUUUAUGGUUUUCAUUUUUUGUUGUCUUUUGUUUUGAACUGUGAGUAAUUUGUAUACAGUGUAUUUGGGAAACUAUUCAGACCGCUUAAUUUUUUACACAUGUUGUUACGUUACAUUAUUUUUCUAAAAUGGACUCAAUUGUUUUCCCCCCCCCCAUCAAUUUACACACAAUAACCCAUAAUGACAAAGAAAAAAACAGGUUUUUAGAAAUGUUUGCAAAACAUUUUUUUUA